CAUAAUGGCAAUUUUCAAAUCAACACAAUUGCCUUUCGGUUGGCCCCUCUUCUCCAAUUUCCUCACACCCCUUUCCCCCAACCAUUUUCCCCCAUCGCAAUUUCCCCUUCCAUCUCCAAAUGGGCCCAUUCUUCCCCAGCCCACCACAAUGGCAAUUUCCAAAUCACGAUCACCUUGGGGUUGGCCCAAAUUAGCCCCUUUCCCCACCCAUUUUCCCCUUGGCAAUUUCCCCACUCUCUCCCAUUUCCAAUUUACCCAUUCUUCCCCACCCCACACCCAGAAUGGCAAUUUUCAAAUCAAAAUUGCGCGGGCACAUUCCCAAUCGGCCCCUCUUUCCAAAUUGCCCAUCUUUCCCAUUAGCAGAAAAAAUCACUAAAAAGUGUGUAUUGUAUACUGGCACUCAACAUAUUA